AUGGCCGAUGCAGGGCAAGAAGGAAGGAACAGCCCUCCACCUCCCCCUCUACCUUCGAAUCCUCACUCAAAGAUAUCCCCCUACGUUCUGAAACUCAGAAGCGCGCCUCCUGGUUAUUUCUACCAGCCCCCAAAGAAGCCAAAACCUGUCGACUUGUUCGCCGCACCCACUGGCCCUUACUUCUUCUACGGCACAUUAACAGAUCCGCCGAUGAUCGCCGAGAUCCUCGAACUGAUCGAAGAACCAAAACUGCGGCCUGCACACAUCGUGGGCUAUGAGUGUAAAAUGUGGGGUCAAUAUCCAGCCCUACUCGAUCGUCCGGGGUCUGUUGUUGAAGGCGCAGCGUAUCGUGUCCGUACUACGCAGGAUGCAGAGAGGCUUGCUGAGUAUGAGACUGGAAACUAUUGUGCUGAGGAUUGUCUCAUUAGAUACACGGAUGGCAUGGAGUCGUCUGAGGAUCUCGGAUACACGUUCAAGUUUGUUGGGGACCCGAGGGAACUCAGCGAGGGCGAGUUUGAUCUAAAGGUCUGGUUGAGAAGGAUGGGAAGACAUGCUGCGGCUGAUAAGCUGCAGGCUGCUGAGGCGAGACGUAGUGGAUAG